CCGAUUGAAAGUUGGCGCUAAAUUCGGGGAUGCUCAGUAGUAAAUUCGGAGGACGACAGAUCUGUAAACAAAGAUGAAGGUAGUAACUCCUAUGAUUUGCUGGCAUGAACGUGAACCUAUAUACAGCAUUGAUCUUCAGCCUGGGAAUCACAGCAUUCAGCGACUUGCCACGGCCUGUGUGGAUAAAACUCUCCGGAUGUGGGAACUUAAAGUUAAUGAUGGAAAGUGCGACAUUCAGUUUUUAUCAACUCUUAGUCGACAUUCUAGAUCAGUGAAUGCUUGCAGAUUUUCACCUGAUGGUGACACUCUAGCAUCUGCAGGUGAUGACUGUGUGAUAGCGUUUUGGAAACUAAAUGAUAUACAGACGCAAGGAAACUUGUUCCAGGACGAUGAUGAAGAAAACAAGGAAGUCUGGGUCACGUACAAGAUGUUGAGAGGUCAUUUGGAAGAUGUGUAUGAUAUCUGUUGGUCGGCAGAUGGAAAGUUUCUCAUAUCCGGAUCUGUUGAUAACAGUGCCAUUCUCUGGGAUCUUCAAAAGGAUACGAAGCUGGCAUUAUUGAAUGACCACAAGAGUUUUGUUCAAGGUGUUGCUUGGGAUCCACUCAAUGAAUUCGUUGCCACUCUCAGUACAGACAGGUCAUGUCGAGUUUUCAGCAUCACGGGAAAGAACUGUCUGCACAAUGUGUCUAAGAUGACGAUACCGCAGGCGACACCAGCGGAGGUGGACAACAAACCUAAACCGUUCAAGAUGUACCACGACGACGGGAUUGGCUCGUUUUUCCGCCGGCUGUCAUUCUCGCCUUGUGGCCAGUUUCUGAUCACACCGGCUGGAUGUGUGGAGCAGGGAGACGGAGUUACGAGUGCGACAUUCAUUUUCACGCGAAACAAUCUCUCCAAACCUGCGCUGUACUUGCCAAGUCCCGAUAAGGCGACGCUGGCUGUUCGAGUCUGCCCACAGUUGUUUACCUUGAGAAAAUGCAGUAAAGAUCUCGAUGAUGUUUCAGAUAAAGACAAUAACAAUGUGAAUGAGUGGGAAAAAUGUACUACAUUGUUUUGUUUGCCGUAUCGUGUUGUCUUCGCGGUGGCUACAGAGGAUGCGGUGUUGCUGUACGACACCCAGCAGGCGACGCCAUUCGGUUACAUCAGCAACAUCCACUACCGCCAGAUGAGUGACCUCAGCUGGUCACAAGAUGGGCGUGUGCUGGUUAUUUCCUCCACAGAUGGCUACUGUUCGGUCGUCAUGUUUGAACCUGGAGAGCUAGGGGUCAUCUACCAAAACAAGGAGACCGGGAGUUCUAUACCAGAUACAACAAAAUCAGCAGACAGUGAACAGAAGAUAGCGGUCAGUCCUGACAAAAACUCAUCAAGCUGUGAAAGUCCGAUGGAAACUGAACCCGACCAUACUGAACUUCACCUUGCAUUGGAAGACUCCAACGAUGCUUCACCAAAAACAAAUAAAAAACACGGAGCUCCUAGUAAUCGUGAGACAUCACCAAAAAACAGCAAAGACCAGCACAUCACGACAAUGUCCAAUUCGUCACCCAUGCCGGUGCCACCUAGUGUUGGAAACACCACGAGUAAAGACAGUUCCAGUAACAGUGGUGGAUCCGUUGAUGGAGGGUGUUCAAACGGAUUGAAACCACUUGGCCCACCAAGCAGUGGAGGACUUAAUGUAAAAUCGGCAACAGGCCAACAUCGCAGGAUUCAGCUGACAACGAUUUCAUUACUCAAACCUAAAUAGUGUCAUGACUGACUGUGUAGUUUUUUAAUAGGUUAAAGACACUGAGUGGAAGAUGGCAGUCAAGUGCUAAUGAGUGGUUGAGAGAGAAAAUGGAACAUUUUACUUUCUUUGACUUUUUCUUUUACAUUUACAUAACUGCAGUUUCAUUAAGUGCCCAGGUAUUAUAAUUUUUCAGAAGAAGAAAACUAGCUUUAAAGCCACUAAACCUAAUUAUUAGUUGACAGGCAAUGCUCUCCAACUUUUCGGAAAUAGGAGAAAAUUAAAGUUCCACUGCCAGAUAGUUCACAGCUUAAGAGAUGGGAUUUGGGGUCCUCCCUUAGGACAUUUGUAAACAGCAUACUUGUAGACACCAUUUCCUCGGAGACAAACUGGGUGUAGUAUAAGCAACAACAUUUUAUAUUUAAAGGAAAACAACAUAUUUUGCGAUCAUGUUCAACAUGGCAGACAUGCUUUAAAAGAACAAGAGGAUGGCCCCAAGUCACACCAGCAUGGUGAGGGUGUCUGCCAGAGGAUAUGAAGGAUAAAAUUACUUACCAUAAAAUUUUGUAAAUUAAUUGAUAUAUUUUUAGUAGUAUGGUAAGAGAACUGCUGUUUAAAAUUUGUCAAAAGUAAUUGAAAUGAAAUAUUGAAUUUUAAAAGGUUUCAAACCCAUAACCCAGGCAUGUGAUUCUUCUGCUAAUUGGCGGAAUUCCGCUUUUUAAAAACAUUUCCUUGAAUCAUUCAUUUUCCUUGCAUUCUGCACUCGAUUACGUUUUCAGCUUUUUUUAGAAAUAUUUCAAUCACAUGCCUGAUAACCAAAAUGUAGGGGCACUUUUGGACUUUUGUUUUAUUACGCUCCCUCGAAUUAUUUUCUGACAGAAAACCUGUUGUGGUUUGCCAGUCUAGGUAUAAUAGAGUUGCAGAAAUCUGGACUGUACAAUAUUUUAAGCUAUUACAACAUUUUCACUGUUAAAUUAAACAUUACUUGCCACUUCUUGCUUGAAGGCAAACUUACACGGAUAGUUGUUUGGUCAUAAAUGGCCCAGCAGAAUAUCUGAAAAUCUGUACAUUUAAUUCGUUCCCGGACACUGCUAAAUGAUCUGGGACAAUAAAUAUUUAUAUACUGAUGGAAAGAAAUAAGGGUUUAAUUCACUACUAGCAUAGUAAUGUCUGUAUUUCAUACCAAGUUGUAAUGUGAGAUUGAAUGUCUGUAGUGUUGAAUG